CCACCACUUCCUCACUCUUUGAUACCCAACACUCAGCGCAGCUUCUUUGACACCCCAAUUGCACGAGCAACACACUCCACACACACUUACGACACAACUACCUUCACCAUGGCACCAGCAAUCGGUAUCGACUUGGGUACGACCUACUCAUGUGUGGGUAUCUACAGAGAUGACCGCAUUGAGAUCAUUGCCAACGACCAGGGUAACCGCACAACACCCUCGUUCGUCGCCUUCACCGACACCGAGCGCCUCAUCGGUGACUCUGCAAAGAACCAAGUCGCCAUGAACCCAGUCAACACAGUCUUCGACGCCAAGCGCCUGAUCGGCCGGAAGUUCGACGAUGCUGAGGUGCAGGCCGACAUGAAGCACUUCCCAUUCAAGGUCAUCAACAAGGGUGGCAAGCCGGUGAUGCAGGUCGAGUUCAAGGGCGAGGAGAAGCAGUUCACACCAGAGGAGAUUUCAUCAAUGGUUCUUACCAAGAUGCGCGAGACUGCGGAGGCAUACCUUGGUGGCACCGUCAACAACGCCGUUGUGACUGUCCCAGCAUACUUCAACGACUCGCAGCGUCAAGCAACCAAGGACGCUGGUCUCAUUGCCGGCCUGAACGUCCUGCGCAUCAUCAACGAGCCUACCGCCGCUGCCAUUGCCUACGGUCUCGACAAGAAGACUGAGGGCGAGCGCAACGUGCUCAUCUUCGACUUGGGUGGUGGUACCUUCGAUGUUUCCCUUCUCACCAUUGAGGAGGGCAUCUUCGAGGUGAAGUCCACUGCUGGAGACACUCAUUUGGGAGGAGAGGACUUUGACAACCGCCUUGUCAACCACUUCGUUAACGAAUUCAAGAGGAAGAAUAAGAAGGAUCUCACAUCCAACGCCCGCGCACUCCGCCGCCUGCGCACCGCUUGCGAGCGUGCGAAGCGCACUCUCUCUUCCUCCGCACAGACCUCCAUCGAGAUCGACUCGCUCUACGAGGGUGUCGACUUCUACACCUCCAUCACCCGUGCCCGCUUCGAGGAGCUGUGCCAGGACCUCUUCCGCUCCACCAUGGAGCCCGUCGAGCGCACCCUCCGCGACGCCAAGAUCGACAAGUCCUCCGUCCACGAGAUCGUCUUGGUCGGUGGAUCCACCCGUAUCCCCAAGGUCCAGAAGAUGGUCUCCGACUUCUUCAACGGCAAGGAGCCCAACCGCUCCAUCAACCCCGAUGAGGCUGUCGCCUAUGGUGCCGCCGUUCAGGCCGCCAUUCUCUCCGGUGACACUUCCAGCAAGUCCACCAACGAGAUCCUGCUCCUCGACGUCGCGCCGUUGUCUCUCGGUAUCGAGACUGCUGGUGGUGUCAUGACUCCUCUCAUCAAGCGCAACACCACCAUCCCCACCAAGAAGUCCGAGACUUUUUCGACCUUCUCCGACAACCAGCCCGGUGUGCUCAUCCAGGUCUUCGAGGGCGAGCGUGCCCGCACGAAGGACAACAACCUCAUGGGCAAGUUCGAGCUCACUGGUAUCCCACCUGCUCCCCGCGGUGUUCCCCAGAUCGAGGUCACCUUCGACCUUGACGCCAACGGCAUCAUGAACGUCUCCGCUCUCGAGAAGGGCACCGGCAAGACCAACAAGAUUGUCAUCACCAACGACAAGGGCCGCUUGUCCAAGGAGGAGAUUGAGCGCAUGUUGGCUGAGGCCGAGAAGUACAAGGACGAGGAUGAGGCCGAGUCUGCCCGCAUCCAGGCCAAGAACGGCCUCGAGUCGUACGCCUACUCGCUCAAGAACACCCUCUCCGACUCCAAGGUCGACGAGAAGCUCGAGGCCGGCGACAAGGAGACUCUCAAGGCCAAGAUCGAUGAGACCGUCACUUGGCUCGACGACAACCAGACCGCCACCAAGGACGAGUACGAGAGCACCCAGAAGGACCUCGAGUCCGUCGCCAACCCCAUCAUGAUGAAGUUCUACGGUGGAGCUGAGGGCGGCAUGCCCGGCGGUAUGCCCGGCGGCGGCAUGCCAGGUGGUGCUCCUGGUGGCGCCCCAGGUGCUGGUGGAGAUGACGGCCCAACCGUCGAGGAGGUUGACUAAAUGUCUUCGCCUUGAUGCGGUUCGGUUCGAAGUCUUCCUUCUUGCUCUCUCCAGCAUGGUAGCACGGCGUUUCACAAAAGGGUUUAGAGAUGUUUUGUUUUUGCAUGGGACUUCACCACGAUGCUUAUGAUGGGAUGGAAAAGCAUCCAGCUGUAACGUAGCUCAGUUGACCUCGACAGAGGUAGCUUCAAUCAAAGAAUGUUCGAAAAA